CCCAUAGCCUAGCUCUCCAAAAAGCUGGACACAGUGGCCGCUGGAUGGCCCCCAUGCUUAAAAAUUAUUGCCGCGGUGGCCACUAUGGUCAAGGACGCAGACAAACUGGCCAUGGGGCAUGCCCUGCAUGGUACCACACCACAUGCUAUUGAAGGGGUACUCAAACAGCCCCCAGACCUCUGGAUCAGCAAUGCCCAUCUCACUCAUUAUCAGAGCCUACUGCUGAACCCCACCAGAAUUUUAUUCAAGCCACCAACAACCCUGAAUCCAGCAACGCUACUCCCUCACCGCCCCUUUGCAUGACUGUCAAGAAAUUUUGGCACAGGUGCACAGAAUCAAAGCUGAUCUCCAGGACCAGCCACUGCUGAACGCAGACGCCACCUGGUACACGGAUGGCAGCAGUUUUGUCUGAGAAGGAAUCAGAUACGCGGAGGCAGCCAUAACCACGGAAAUGGAGACCAUCUGGGCAGAGCCAUUGGCAGCCAGAACCAUCGGCUCAAUGGGCAGAACUGAUCACAUUGGCCAAGACGCUAACCAUGGGAGAAGGUAAACAAACAUUUACAGCAGGUACGCCUUCGCCACUGCUCACAUCCACGGAGCCCUUUACAGAGAGAGGGGGCUUCUGACAGCGGAAGGAAAGACUAUUAAAAACAAAACAGAGAUCCUUGAACUCCUGAGGGCCCUCUGGCUGCCCAAGGCACUAGCUAUCAUCCGUUGUCCAGGACACCAAAAGGCAGGUACACCAGUAGCCAGGGGAAACCAGCUAGCCAAUUCAAAAGCAAAGGAGGUGGCCCUUUUGGUGACCCAGGUCUUAGCAACCAUGCUACCUGAUCCAGGGGCUCCGAUCCUGCCGGACACCCCCAACUAUAGUGAUGCUGACUUAACACUGGAUCAAACACUUGCCUAUGACCCAAUGCUUGUGUGGCUGGUGGAGGGCCACAGACUCCAGCAUCAUCCUGCCAGAGAAACUAGGAUGACAAGUCCUAUCCAAAAAUGCAUCGGAGUACUCCUAUGGGAACAAGGAAGAUGCAAGACCUCAUACGACAUGCAAAGAUCACUAUUAAAGACUCUCGAGCAAAGAUCGAGCAGAUUGUGGCAAGCUGCCAGGCAUGCCAGUUAACUAAUGCCACCUCCCAUGGAUCUAACCCGGGCACCCAGCUCCAGGGGGACCGCCCAGGAGCCUACUGGGAAGUGGACUUCAUGGAGGUAAAACCUGGAAAAUAUGGAUACAGGUAUUUACUAGUGUUCGUAGAUACUUUUUCAGGAUGGACAGAGGCAUUUCCCACCAAACAUGAAACAGCACAGACCGUGACCAAGAAACUGCUGGAAGACAUCUUACUGGGGUAUGGUUUUCCUGUUAGGAUCGGAUCAGACAACGGACCUGGAUUCAUCUCUAAGGUAACACGGGGAGUGGCACUAGUACUUGGGGCACAUUGGAAAUUACAUUGUGCAUAUAGGCCGCAAAGCUCAGGACGGGUAGAGAGGAUGAACAGAACAUUAAAGGAGACCUUAACUAAAUUAGCCCUAGAGACUGGCGGGGAUUGGGUGACUCUUCUCCCCUUCACCCUAUAUAAGGUACAAAACUCCCCAUAUAAGAUGGGACUUAUCCCCUACGAGAUCAUGUUCGGUCCUCCUCCACCUAUUAUCCCCAAUUUAAAACCUGAGGUACUUGCUGAGUUUGAUGAUCACCAACUCCUUUUCUCCCUCCAAAUGUUACAACGAACCCAUGAACAGGUGUGGCCUAAGCUGAGAGCCCUCUAUGAGACUGGGCCACCCCUGGACCCCCAUCGAUAUCAGCCAGGUGACUGGGUGUAUGUCUGGAGAUACCAACACCAGACACUUCGACCUUGCUGGAAGGGACCCUACAUCGUGAUCCUGACCACUCUCACCGCUCUCAAGGUCGACGGGAUUACUCCCUGGGUCCACUACACCCACGUCCGGCCAGCUGACCCACACACCGUUCUCAAGGACUUUUUUCCAGAAUGGAAAAGCCAACCAGACAAGGACAAUCCCCUAAAGCUAAGACUGCACUGUUCUCACUUACCCCACUAAUGUUGCUUAUGCUAUGUCCUCUUCAUGCCAGAACCAAUCCCCAUCAACCACUUAACCUAACCUAGCAGGUGAUAGAUAUGUGGGUACCCACAGAUGGGAUAGAAGAGAGCCCAUCUCAGCUAUCACCAUCGCCAUCCUGUUGGGAAUUGGGUUAGCAGGUGCAGGGACAGGUAUUGCUUCACUAGCUGUACAGAACUCCCACUAUAACAGUCUCAGAGCAGCAAUCGAUCUAGACAUAGAAUGGAUAGAAACCUCUAUUUCCCACCUCCAAGACUCCCUAACAUCUUUGUCUGAGGUUGUCCUUCAAAACAGAAGGGGAUUAGACUAGGUCUUCUUACAACAAGGGGGGGGGUUAUGUGCUGCCUUAAACAAGGAAUGUUGUUUCUUCACUGACCUGACCACUCAGGAAUAGUCCAAGAAUCCAUGGCAAAAGUCAGAGAAGGUUUGGCUAGACGCAAAUGGGAACAAGAACAGCAGCAAGGUUGGUUUGAAUCAUGGUUCAAUCAUUCCCCAUGGUUAACCACCUCGCUGUCCACCCUAGCCAGGCCCCUCAUUAUCCUUCUCCUCCUUACCUUUGGGCCCUGCAUUAUCAAUAGAUUAGUUACUUUUGUCAAAGACAGAGUCAGUACAGUUCAGCUCAUGGUACUCAGACAGCAAUACCAACCACUGGAUCUUGUUGCUGAGACCAACCUGGACCCAUGAUUGGGUCCUUCCUUAGGUUCCUCUGAGAGGGGGAAAUGUGGAGGCUGAGAAAGUUAAGGCCAUCCCACCUCAAGUUUAGCAUUAGCACAAGUACAGCCAUCUUAGCUCUGGCAGCCAUCUCAGGUCCCUGUGACCAGGGGCUGAACUUUACCCUACCUCAGUUACAGGAAAAACUGCAGAACACGCCCUUAAACUCCCCCCACCCUUUCUGGAAGUGCCCUAGAUCAGCCCAUAAAAAUCCAGCUGUAACUUACCUCAGAGUCCAAGUUCCUGCUCCGCUGUGACACGUAUACUUGGACCCAAGCCCGAGCUUGCUAAUAAACCCUUGUGUGCUUGCAUCGGUGUCAGCAUCUUGGUGGUUUCCUGGAUUCGCAAUCUUGGGCACAACAAGAA